AUGGAGGGUGCCUCCCGCCAGACAUCAAAACUAUUACGGUCCCGUGGUAGCCUGCUUCCGCAGCAUCACCGUCUUCCCCGACCAGUCACCCGAGCAGGCCUAUCCACGACACAAUGCCGCGCACUCUCCAAUUCGAACCGUUCCCUUGCCCCAGAGUCUCUCUUUGGCCAAUUUGGAGGUAGCCCUGCUGGGUCGCACAAUUCAUCGGGUAGCCCCGCUACCUACUUCACUAGCCGAACCACUCUCCCCGCAAACACGGUCGUACGAUUCGUCCCGCAGCAGACAGCAUGGAUUGUGGAGCGGAUGGGAAAGUUCCACCGGAUUCUUGAGCCUGGACUAGCCAUUCUGUUUCCGUUCUUGGAUCGCAUUUCCUACGUCAAGAGCUUGAAAGAGUCUGCUCUGGAAAUACCCAGCCAGAAUGCUAUUACGGCGGAUAAUGUUACAUUGGAACUGGAUGGCGUGUUGUACACUCGAGUGUUUGAUGCAUACAAGGCCAGCUACGGUGUUGAAGAUGCGGAGUACGCCAUCUCCCAGCUUGCGCAGACGACUAUGCGAUCCGAGAUCGGUCAGUUGACCCUGGACCAUGUCCUGAAGGAGCGCGCCACGCUCAACACCAACAUUACACAAGCAAUCAACGAAGCCGCUCAGGACUGGGGUGUCGUGUGCCUGCGAUACGAGAUCAGGGAUAUCCACGCCCCAGAUGGCGUCGUGGCAGCUAUGCACCGCCAGGUUACCGCCGAACGAUCUAAGCGGGCGGAGAUCUUAGAAUCCGAGGGUCAGCGACAGAGUGCGAUCAAUAUUGCCGAAGGACGCAAGCAGUCUGUUAUCCUGGCGUCUGAGGCUAUGCGUGCCGAGCAGGUCAAUAUGGCAGCUGGUGAAGCCGAGGCUAUUCAGUUGAAGGCUGAUGCCACUGCUCGCGGAAUCGAAGCUGUUGCGAAGGCCAUGCAGGACGGCAAGGAGCAUGCCCAAGGUGCUGUUAGCUUGAGGGUUGCCGAGAAGUAUGUUGAGGCAUUCUCCAACUUGGCCAAGGAGGGCACCUCCGUUGUUGUUCCCGGUAAUGUGGGUGAUCUGGGCGGUAUGAUUGCCAAUGCCAUGGCUGUUUACGGCAAGGUCAGUCAGAGCCAGGCCAGGAGCGUUACUUCCAAGACCAUUGAUGCUCAGCAAUCGGAGGUCAACACUGCCCCGAAGAACGAGCAUUCUGAUAUCGCAGAGAAUGAUUUUGAGGUUGAGGGUUUGAGCGAGGCGGACCCGGCCAGCGACGUCACACGGAGUGUCUUGGAGUCAUUUGCCGAGACAAGCCAGAAGGCUAAGCGUUGA